CGUGGCCUUGCUUCCUACACUCAGCCUGAGGCUGGGGCACGGGCACCACCCACCGGAACUGACUGAGGUAGUGCGCAGUGUGCACAGGGCAGCAACCAGCCGCAGAGUAGGCCAGCCCUGAGGUAACCUGGGAGUUCUGUGGGCCUGAGGUGACCAGUGACCCGCACAGGAGCGUCCAUCUGUUGGGAGGGGAGGCCUGUGUCCUGCGGUGACAGCGCGGGAACAUCCAUCUGAGAGGAGGCCUGCGUGCCUGAAGUAACGGUGGAACCAUCAGUGCAGGAGCUUCCACCUGAGGCCUAAGGGAUUCUACUACUUAUGGCUGACACAAAAACUUCAAACUGUGCUGAACAUUUCAGUGUGGAGAAACUAAAGGAAUGGCCAGAGCCGGAGUCUGUUUCUUUAAUGGAGGUAUUAGCCAGAGAAGACAUCGAUGAAGCUGUGCAUGCAAUAUUAUUUAGAGAAAACUAUGUUGUGAAGAGAUUGGAUACAUAUUUACAGCAUCUGGCUGUUUUUAAGGAAAGAAGAAAAGAGAUGUUACAUAAGAAAUGGGUUGAAAAUGUGGUACAGCCUCUUCAGCAGAGAAUUACAGAUAAAGUAAUUUCAUAUAGAAGAUCUGGAAAAAAUCAAGUGAAAUAUGAAUACUGCUUUAAGCACACAAAUAAACCGACUAAAAUGUCUUCACCGUGUGAAUGUCUGUUUCAAAAACAGCAAGAGCUCAGAGAAGCAAAGGGAACCAGUUACCAACAUGGCAGAGGAAAGCCGCAUGGCACAAAAAAAGAAGCCAAAGAAACCGAGAAGGGUGUCCCCUUCACCAGAUCACCCCCAUUCCCGCUCAGGUCCCAUUGCCUCACUCCCAGAGAGAGGCAGAAAGCCUGUGCCCGGCUCAUGCAGAAUAAGCCUGGUGGCAGGAACAGGUACAAGGGAGCCAGUCCUGAAAAGCGUGUCUAUACAUUAAACUCCCAUCUGCCCAAGGAAGUGAAGACUGUCAGUCGAGGCCAGCUUGUUUUUGAAAGGCAGUUCCGAGCAUCAAGGCUCAGCCAGGAGAUCAAAGAGGCUGAAAAGAAGGGUCUGGUUUCAGGGACCCAACCACAGAGACCACGCUCCUGGGCAGCAGCAGAUAGUAUGCAGAGGCCAUCAGCUGUGGGCAGAAGAGUGAUGACGGCUGAGAUCCUGGGGAAGCAUCUGGCCUCCCUGCAGCAGGCAGCCAGGUCAGGCCUCCAGUGGUCAUAGAGCUUCACCCCUUCACCUCUUACAUGCAACUGCAGAUACUGACGGUGCAGCUUUUCCCUAGGUAGGAAGCUCUAGCAAGAAAUAUCCAAAUAACAGCAGCUAGAUUUUUAAGUUCUGGCUGUGAUCUAGGAAGUCUGUGUGGUGUUUUUGUUUCAUUGAACAUUUAACAGCAAGACAGCUUUAUCAUCUCCCAGUAUUUGGUUCUCAAAAGAGCUCCGUGCCUGGCUUGGGGGCAGUUCCCAGCUCAAAGGUAUCAGGGCUUUAUUCAAGUUCAGUCCUGCUCCUGCUCCAGGGUGCACUCUCCUCACAGAAGCUCAGGCAUGGCAGUGGGAAACAAAUCUGCAUGUUGCCUCUGUGGGCACUGAAGGGGCUUGACAGGAACUCCUCACCAAGGGGAGACUUCUAGUUGUGUGAGGGCUAUCUGCUUCCUGGUGACAGGAGGAGUCUCCUCACAUCCUCACAUCCUCUAGAAAGUUGGGCUCACAUUUCAGUGGGGAAGAGAACUUGACCUCCUCAGAGGCGGAUCUGGGUCACUGGGUGAAGAGGACAACUGGAGUUGUUGGCUGUACCAUCUCUAGUCAUCAAAGUCAUACGACUCAGAUCCUGAGGGCUCCUAUGUCCUAAAUCUAAGGUAUCCUGAUUGUUGUUGAGUGAUAGAGACACAAUACUAGUCACACUUACCCAGUGAGGAUUGAAAUCCCCACAGUCCUGGGAAGGGUAGGAUUAAUGUGUAGCUAUAGUUAUGAGUGACCCCAGAGCUCCACACAGGGCUGCCUGCAGCAACUCUCCCUGACUUCAUCUUGAUUCAGCACCAACAAAACAUGCUCCCCAAACCCAGGAAAGCUGGAGUAGGCUUGCUCAACAGGCUGUGCCUGAUUCUUCAAAGCUCCCUGUAGAUGAGCAUGGUUCUGGUUGUCUCAGUUUUAGUUACCAGGUAAAGGCUCUUUUCUUUUUUAACCAGUGGUGCUGGGGUCAGUAUCUGAGGUCAAUAAGGGAUGAAUCUUUGAAAUCAACCUCAGUACACUAAACUGUGUUCUCAAGUGAGUCAGCCAGUGAUAAUAUUUAAAUAAAAAUGGAGAAAAUGGAA